AUGGCCAACUCCACAAGCUUACACCAACCCCUUCCCUCCUACCUACCAUCCACCCUUCCUCAUCAGCAGCCUCGACUCGUCUACUUCAUCACUCGUCCGGGCAAUGUUCCUGUGGCACUCAUUCCUGUUGACGAACUGCCACUCUCCGUCAAGCUCGUCCACGCAUCCAGAGUCUUGACUCCGGAUCAGACGUAUGGCAUGCACUAUGUUGGAGCGGCACCAGUCAGCGGUGGUCUGUUCGCUCUUGAAAACGAUGAAAAGGUCGUGCAGAAGGACGAAGGUCUCCAAAUGACCAUGGCCACACCGGGUGAUGCAGUGCAGCCUCAGCAGCUUGUGUCCGAGGCCGCGGGCCACCGUCGCCAGCAGUCGUCCGUCAACCCUCGAUCUACGCCUCCACCCAGCUCAACUGCCACCUCCUGGCGCCGCAACACUCCCGCUCCACCAGUCUCCGACGCCGACACCGCCCUCAACGCCAUCCUCAACUCUCAGACCGGCGCCAAUGCCGCCUCCCGCCUCAACUACCGCCCCAACCCCACCAAUACCUUCACCCAUGUCCCGCCCUCCGGCACGAUGCCCGACCCGGACAAGAAAGAGUUCUGCACGUACUGGAUUCUACACGGCGACUGCGCUUUUCAGCAGCAGGGCUGUCGCUUCAAGCAUGAGAUGCCUGCCAGGGAGAAGUUGAAGGAGAUUGGGAUCUGGAAUGUGCCGCGGUGGUGGGCGGAGAGGGAGUGUGCUGUGAAGCUGGGUGGAGACAGGAGGGUUGGGAAAGUACAGGAUGUGGGAGAGUGGCUGACUGCUCCUCCGGUGAUUGUGCAGAAGUCGAGGCAGGAGUCGUGUUCUUCUUCUUCUUCAUCCUCUUCUUCAUCGUCGACUUGGAGUCAAGGGUCAGAUGCCGAUGGGGAAGCCAGUGAGAUUGAAGCCAAGAAUGCGAAAGGAGGCAAAGAGUCGGCUAUCAAAGUCGGCGACCGCACCAUUCUCAAGCCAACAACACCUCCCGCUCGUCCCAACACGCCAGCAUCUGGUCAUAAGCACUCUGCCAUCGCAACUACCACGUCGCUUCCGCCCACAGCAGAUCUCCUCAUCGACUUCGCUCCUCUGAUUCCCUCUCCUCCUUCCAGCAUCGCAUCGACUUUCAUCAAACCAUCGACGGCCGAGACACCUGCCUUCACACCCAGCACCUCACCUGAGUCCAAGGCCAGCUCGAUUGCCAAGCCAGAUCACACAGUCAGUAAGGCACCUGGACACGAUCGAAGCACAAGCUUCAACUCCGCCAAAAUCUUUGUGCCUCGAGGCGAGUCUCCCGCUCAUCACAUCGCUGCUCAUCACCAUCACCGCAUCGCCAGUCUCUCGCGUGACAAGAACAUGUCCCUUGCCUCUGGUCGCACAUCCUCUCCUUCUUCAACUCCCACUCGCACCGCGUCGACCUCCAAACCGCGCGGUCGUCAAGACAGCAAAGACACCACGAAGCCUAUCAAUUCCAUCGCAGAUGGCUCCGAUAAGCCCAAGACUGCCGUUCCACUUCAAGACUUGAUUGAGGAGAUGAGACAGGCGAAUGCGAGUGGUGCGAGUGGGCUACUGGCGUCGAGACAUGCUCCAUUGCCUACCGUGGGCUUCAAGGUAAAGGAGAAGACGGUGGAGGUGGAGGCAAAGAAAGAUGGAGAGGAGAGGAAGAGAGGUGUCAGAGGUGGGAAGAAUCAGAGGGAGAGGAUUGAUGCGAGGGUCAAACGUGAAGGUAGGGAGAGACGCGGUGGAGUGGUGAGAGGUGAGGUGAAGGGAGAGCAGAGGAGCAGGAGGAUGGUGACAGGUGAAAAGAAGGAGUGA